AAAAAAAAAAAAAAAAACAUGCCUUGUAGUUUGCAAACUGUCCUUAACUAAACAGCUGCCAAUUUUCUUGGGGUGGAGAGCAAGAGUAUGUAGGUUCAGGUGAGAGAGGCAGUGUGAAUGAAACUUUAUAGUUUCCACAGGUCUGGAUUGGACUGUGGCAGGUAGCACCAUAGUUCGAACACCAGCUCUACUCUGGAGAAAGAAAUCAAGAAUGCCAAAUGAAAAAUUCUCUGUUAAAAGAUGUCAAUCUUUCACAAAGCUAAAAUUGAUAGCAGGUGUUAAGUGUAUGAGUGCCUACAGAGGAGUGAGUGGAUUACAGUAUGUUAACAUACACCUAAAUGCAGUUGUACUGUCUUCAUUAAGGCUUCAAUCUGAAUUGAGUCUGAAUCUGAACCAAGACAAUUGUACUCUGAAAAAUAUAUCCUUGUGCAAAGCUAGGUCAAUGAAUAUACCAGGAUUCCUGAGUAGGGAACAACAGGCAUAUGUGUGUGUGUAUGUAUGUAUUGUAUUUAUAUAUCCGCAUACAAUGCUAAUAUAUCACUGCCAAGUAAAAGCACACAUAUAUGCUUUUAUGUAUAUAUAAAUGUAUGUAUGUAUUUAACUUGUCGUUAGCGAUUGAAAUAGAUUUUCAUAUCUUUAAAAACACUCUGUUGGUCGAACUUAUGGUGUAAAACCCUGGAUGCGCCACUUUGUCAUUGUCACUUGGGGUCAGUCACCCUUAAUUCAGCUUCCUGAACUCUUAUCUCCCCUCCAGUUCUGCCACUCAAUAAAAGAAGAAAAACAGACAGUAGGUGCAUACACCUAUAAUCAGAGGGAAAAAAAUAGGUCAAAUUCCUCCUGUCAUAUGAUCUUCCUUUAACAGGCUUCUCCCACCCACUCCGCCUUUCCUUUUGUGUGUGUGUGUGUGUGGUACAUUCUCUUGCUGUGCUUUUUACCACGGGCCCUUUAAGCAAGACCAACUGAGCAACUGUCACAGGGGCUGCAACUGUCAUAGAUUCUGCAAGUUUGCUUCUGGAUUCUUAAAUACAUCUAGUUCAAGAAAGGCUUAAGUAUUAAUCAUGGCUUCUAAUUCAAACCCAGCCUCUGAGGAUGGUUUUCAAGCUCCAGUAUGCUGCUCUGCUCGUUACAACCUAGCAUUUUUGUCCUUUUUUGGUUUCUUCGUUCUCUAUUCAUUACGGGUGAAUCUGAGUGUUGCACUAGUGGACAUGGUGGAUUCAAACACAACUGCCAAAGAUAAUAGAACGUCCUACGAGUGUGCAGAGCAUUCUGCUCCCAUAAAAGUUCUUCACAACCAAACGGGUAAAAAGUACCGGUGGGAUGCAGAAACUCAAGGAUGGAUUCUCGGGUCUUUUUUUUAUGGCUACAUCAUCACACAAAUUCCUGGAGGAUAUGUUGCCAGCAGAAGUGGGGGGAAGCUGUUGCUAGGAUUCGGGAUCUUUGCUACAGCUAUCUUCACCCUGUUCACUCCCCUUGCCGCAGAUUUCGGAGUCGGAGCCCUUGUUGCACUCAGGGCACUAGAAGGGCUAGGAGAGGGUGUCACGUAUCCAGCCAUGCAUGCCAUGUGGUCUUCAUGGGCUCCCCCUCUUGAAAGAAGCAAGCUUCUGAGUAUUUCAUAUGCAGGAGCACAACUCGGGACAGUAGUUUCUCUUCCUCUUUCUGGAGUAAUUUGCUACUAUAUGAAUUGGACUUAUGUCUUCUAUUUCUUUGGCAUUGUUGGAAUCAUCUGGUUUAUUUUAUGGAUCUGCUUAGUUAGUGAUACACCAGAAACUCACAAGACAAUCACCCCCCAUGAAAAGGAGUAUAUUCUUUCAUCAUUAAAAAAUCAGCUCUCUUCACAGAAGUCAGUGCCGUGGAUACCUAUGCUGAAAUCACUGCCACUUUGGGCUAUUGUCGUUGCACAUUUUUCUUACAACUGGACUUUUUAUACUUUAUUGACCUUAUUGCCUACUUACAUGAAGGAAGUCCUAAGGUUCAAUAUUCAAGAGAAUGGGUUUUUAUCUGCAGUCCCUUAUUUAGGCUGUUGGUUAUGUAUGAUCCUGUCAGGUCAAGCUGCUGACAAUUUAAGGGCAAGAUGGAAUUUUUCAACUCUGUGGGUUCGAAGAGUUUUUAGCCUUAUAGGGAUGAUUGGACCUGCGAUAUUCCUGGUUGCCGCAGGAUUUAUAGGCUGUGAUUAUUCCUUGGCUGUUGCAUUCCUAACCAUAUCAACAACACUGGGAGGCUUUUGCUCUUCUGGAUUUAGCAUCAACCAUCUGGACAUUGCUCCUUCGUAUGCUGGUAUUCUCCUGGGCAUCACAAAUACCUUUGCCACUAUUCCUGGAAUGAUUGGGCCCAUCAUUGCCAGAAGUCUUACCCCUGAGAACACUAUUGGAGAAUGGCAAACUGUUUUCUGCAUCGCUGCUGCUAUCAAUGUAUUUGGUGCCAUUUUCUUCACACUAUUCGCCAAAGGUGAAGUGCAAAACUGGGCUAUCAGUGAUCACCAAGGACACAGAAACUGAAGGAACCAAUAAAUAGUCCUGUCUCUAUUAAUGUAUCUUUGUUUAUCAUGUAACCUAAAAGUGCCUUUGAUAUUUUAAUGUGUAAGCAAUCUAUAUACAAGAAAAAAUUGUACUAGAAAAAUUGUAUUAGAUUUGUAAGGCUUGUAAUCAUGAAAUGUCACUAGUUGCCAUAUAAGCAAGAUUAGCUAUUUUUAAUUAUUAUUAACCCAUUUGCUGGAACUUACAAUUCAGGGUCACAUAUCUGGCUGCAAGUCAGGCAACCCACAAUAGGGGAGUUCUAUUUAUUUAUAAGACCAUACCUAAAGAGAUGAGCUGAAAUAGACCCUUCUAUUUGCUUAAUUAAGGUGGAUAAUAAUUCUCAGGUCUUGUUAAACAUCUGUUUUUGUACACCUUCCUCAAAAAAAUUAUUUGUCAUCAGCAAUCCCUGACAUGUAGAUCUCAAACUUUAGCCUCUCCACGGAGCUGGCAGCCACUGUAUCAUUCAGCUUGGCAACUUCACUGAGGGAAGCAUGCCCAGGCAGCUGCCACAUGUCCCCUCUCUGGCUUCAGGGACAGUGCCCAGCACUUAGGCAGCAUCCAAGACCAGGGUCAGCGCCAAGGCUUUGGACGGUAUUCUUCCCCUGGGGCUGUUAAUGUGUGGAUGAAGCCCUGAGCCAACAGGGACAGCGCAAUCCACAGUCAUGGUUUCCAUGCACCCUCUCCCUUCCCUUCCCAGCACACUGGAGUAUUGCCUGGCAUGUAACCUGCAAAAGAAAGUGUGAUGCCUAGUUAGCCGCAUAUAACAUCAUCCUUGAUGAUUCUACCUUCACAUGGAUCAGAGUAUAAAUCUUCAAGUCCUGUGUUCUAGGAGCUACACCAGAAUAAUUAAAAUAUAAAAAGAAGAAAAACAUUUUUUUCUGUCUUACACCUAAGUGUCUGGUUGCAGUUCAAGGCUAAAGUGACUUCUACUUCCACAUAACCUGCAACCGGUGGUGUAAUCAUCUUUAGUGUUGGUUUCUUAAAUCUUAUUUUUCCAGUUUUUCCUGGACCAUCUUCCAGUGGUUUUGAGCAUGCUUUGAGGGCAUUUAUGUGAUUUAGAACUUGAUUUAUGUUUCACUGUGUAUGUUCAACACUACCUGUAAUAUUUUAACUAAAGCUAUUUAAUGUAAUAUGAUGUGUAUACAUUCUGUAAAUUAAUUUUUAAAUCUGUAAAUAGCUUUAAGUUGCUAUGGUGAUAUUUCUUUUACAAAUCAAAAUAAACCUUUUUGGAAUGAU